ACUGGUGAGGACUGGGGCGGGGCCUGGGCCGAGCAGUUCCAGAGCCCGAGAUUUCACAUCGGAAACAAAACAGCCGCUGCUCACGAAGGAACCUCCUCGGCUGCGAGCGGGCGGCGGCGGCGAGGGAGGAGUAGACCAUAUUCGGGAAAGAGUCUGCAAGUGACAGCAGCCUGUGAGGUCCUUAGAAAGCUUGGCCUGGAAGAGAACACAUGAAAGAAAGAACCCCAAGAGGCUUUAUUUUCUGUGAAAAGGCAUUUCUGUACAGUUGCUCCAAUGACAGAGUUACCUGCACCCUUGUCCUACUUCCAGAAUGCACAGAUGUCCGAGGACAACCACUUGAGCAAUGCGACACGUAACCAGAAUGAUGGUAAAGAACGGCAUGAGCACGGCAGUGAAAGGCGGAGGCGGGGCAACCCUGAGCCAUUAUCUAAUGGAGGACCCCAGGGUAACGCACUGCAGGUGGUGGAACAAGAUGAAGAAGAAGAUGAGGAGCUGACACUGAAAUAUGGCGCCAAACAUGUGAUCAUGCUCUUUGUCCCCGUGACUCUCUGUAUGGUGGUAGUGGUGGCUACCAUCAAAUCAGUCAGCUUUUAUACCCGGAAUGAUGGGCAGUUGUGGACUAAUUCCUAUCAUCCUUCUCAUCUUGACUUAAAUGUUAAGGCCAAAGAUAACUUCUCUGAUCCUCCUAACAAAACUAGGUGGACUAAUUCCUAUCAUCCUUCUCAUCUUGACUUAAAUGUUAAGGCCAAAGAUAACUUCUCUGAUCCUCCUAACAAAAUUAGGAUUUAUACUCCAUUCACAGAAGACACCGAAACUGUGGGCCAGAGAGCCUUGCACUCGAUUCUGAAUGCUGCUAUCAUGAUCAGCGUCAUUGUUGUCAUGACUAUUCUCCUGGUGGCUCUGUAUAAAUAUAGGUGCUAUAAGGUCAUCCAUGCCUGGCUUAUUAUUUCAUCUCUAUUAUUGCUGUUCUUUUUCUCAUUCAUUUAUUUGGGGGAAGUGUUUAAAACCUAUAAUGUUGCCAUGGACUACAUUACUGUUGCACUCCUGAUCUGGAAUUUUGGUGUGGUGGGAAUGAUUGCCAUUCAUUGGAAAGGUCCACUGCGACUCCAGCAGGCCUAUCUCAUUAUGAUAAGUGCCCUCAUGGCCUUGGUAUUUAUCAAGUACCUUCCAGAAUGGACUGCGUGGCUCAUCUUGGCGGUGAUUUCAGUAUAUGACUUAGUGGCUGUUUUAUGUCCAAAAGGCCCACUUCGUAUGCUGGUUGAAACAGCUCAGGAGAGAAAUGAAACUCUCUUUCCGGCACUCAUUUACUCCUCAACAAUGGUGUGGUUGGUGAAUAUGGCAAAAGGAGACCCAGAAGCCCAAAGGAAGGUAUCCAAAAACUCCAAUUAUAACGCACAAAAUUCCUUUGAAAAUCUCCUGAAAGCUGUUGUAAUACCCAGCACAGAGAAUGAACCACAAGGCCCUGUGGCAGAGAGUGAUGAUGGUGGCUUCAAUGAAGAGUGGGAAGCCCAGAGGGACAGCCGCCUGGGACCUCAUCGCUCCACAGCUGAGUCACGAGCCGCUGUGCAGGAGCUUUCCAGCAGCAUUGUAGCCAGUGAGGACCCAGAGGAAAGGGGAGUGAAACUUGGAUUAGGAGAUUUCAUUUUCUACAGUGUUCUGGUCGGUAAAGCUUCCGCAACAGCCAGUGGAGACUGGAACACAACCAUAGCCUGUUUUGUAGCCAUAUUAAUUGGUCUGUGCCUUACAUUAUUACUCCUCGCCAUUUUCAAGAAAGCAUUGCCAGCUCUUCCCAUCUCCAUCACCUUUGGGCUUGUUUUCUACUUUGCCACAGAUUACCUUGUGCAGCCCUUUAUGGACCAAUUAGCAUUCCAUCAAUUUUAUAUUUAGCAGAUUUAUGAUUAGACUCCCAUGGAUUUUUCUCCUUUGACUAUAAUAAAAUCUGGGAAGGACAAAGGUGAUUUUCCUGUGUCCACAUCUAACAGAGUCAAGAUUGCCAGCUGGAUUUUUUGCAGCUUCCUUCCAAGUCUUCCUGACCACCGGCACUAUUGGACAUUGGAAGGAGGUGUCCACAGAAAAUGGUUUUGAACAAACAUCAUCGUGAUGGACUGAGUCCCUUGGUGCAAAAACUACCAGAUUUGUGGGACAAGGACAAGGAAAAGGGAUGGGCCAAGAGGUCACUGUGCUCCCUCCAGCAGGUUGACCCUUGGCCACACGUGGAUUUUAUCAACACUGCAGACUCUCAGGACUACCAUUACCAAGAGGUUAAGUGAAGUGGUUUAAACCAAACAGGACUCAUCAUCUUAAACAACAUGCUGAAAAUCAACCUAAUAAGUCUAUACUGAAUUCUAAACCUUUUCAGGAGGUACUGUAAGGAGAGCAGGUACCAGCAGCAAAAUGGGAAGGUGGAAAGGGGUUCAGACUUUUUUGCUGCCAACUUAUCAUUUUUAAGACUCUUUUUUUUUUUUUCACCUGAGUCAAGUCAGAUGUAUAAGUUGAUUUUUGACAACUUUUGUUCUCAAGCACUGAAACUCAUUCCCGUCUAUAGUUGCCAUUUGUUCCCAAGGCCAGUAUGAAUUUCUUUGAGGUGGCUUAAAAGUCUUAACCUCAGGUUCCAAAUUCAGUAAUUUCUGGAAAUAAUGGAACUCUAACUCAACAAUUUUCUGUCAUCCUUAAGUAAAUUCUGAUUUAUCCCCAAAUUCCUAAUUUUUAGACAUACUUGUAGGUUUGCUUGCCCUCAAUAUUCUGUUCCCCAUCUCUCCCUUCACUCCCCCCGUAAGUGGUUCUCUCAUACACCAAGUAAGACAGCUCUGUCAUGGUAGCAGAUGAUCUCAUUUUUCUAGGAUUUUACUUUGUGUGGUGUGACGACUGUGUUACGAAUCAGUGCUAUCAGCUUUGCUGUCAGAAUUUCUUCAAUGGCAAAUUCAACGAGUGCCCAAAGAUAGUAGCAUUAAAGAAGAGUAAAAUGGCUGGUGAAGCA